ACGAGCUGCUAGGUUGUAUUCUGGGUGACUGUAUGAUGUUGUCUUUCAACUGCCUGUUACUAGGUUACUCUAAAACCUCACUAGAUAGUAGCCUAUAGCAUGAGUCAAAUGCUAUCUACAUGCUAGCUAUGCUAUCAUGCGUCAAAUGCUACAAACUAGCACCAGAAUCACUAAGCACAUUCCAGAUAUUUGAGUAUAAACAUUUUUGGUGUAUUUUAGGGGGAGGGGUUCCUGUCAUUAAGGCUACACGUGUGAGGACUUCAGUUUUCGGAUAUAUUUGGGAAAUGAUGUAUUAUGCAUGGUGUCACGUUGUAUUUAUAGCGCCACACUUCAUCGGGAAAUCUUUUUUUACACUAACCUGCCCCUCUAAGGGUCUCUGCAGGGCCCUGAUUAUGCUAUUGAUGGUGUUUCCGUGGAGACUCUGUUACCCCGGGGGUCUGUGGCCUGUGCCCUGUGCGUGAGAAGUGUGGGCCAUGUGUGUUUAUCCGAAAACAGGAAGAUACUCUGGGUAUUGUAGUGUAGCUUCCAGAUAUUUCCUUCGGAACCGUUUACUCUGUUUCAGAAUAAUUGAAACACUCGUUAUCCAGGAUAGAUGGCUGUCUUUGGAAGACUUAAAAGGUAAAGACACGGAUGUUUUCUGUCCAUAAUAACCGGGAUUGCAGACGUGUCCAAACUUGUAGGACUACAUAUCCCACAAUUCAAAGUGUUCCAAACUGCCAUGUCGUCAUUGCGGACGUGUAGAUCAGAUCUCUGUAUAUGGGGAUAUUGCACUGAUGAUGAAUGGUUCGGCUUGCGUGUUGUACGUGACUACGUGUGAUGUGUUUUUAGUAAAUUGUUCAUUUCGUAUUUAAUUACACAGGGAUUCGGCUGAUGUGCUUUAGGGUUGUGAGAUAUUUCUGGCGCUAUUUGAAUGUUGCUACAAGGCUUGAUCUUGAAUUACAGUGUUGCUAACUAACGUUCAGGACAAGUGGAUUUGUCUCCCGCUGUAUGAUGCCUCAGGACAACAUGAGCUCCCUGAUUCAGAGACUCGCCCGACAGGCGCUCACGACGUUCCGCAGCCAGGCUAGUGAGGAAAGCAAGGCUUUCGUGGAGAACCAGAGCAAGCUGAGGAGCCUGCUGGCGGAGGUGAGGGCGGCGGAUCUGAAGAUCGUUCCUCGGUGUGUGGAGAGCAGCUGUGCGCCCCCGCAGCUCCUCGGUCCUCCUGUCACCUACAUGCACAUCUGCGAGACGGACUCGUUCAGCAUGGGGGUGUUUCUGUUAAAGCACGGCUCUUCCAUCCCGCUCCACGACCACCCAAACAUGUACGGCAUGCUGAAAGUGCUCUACGGCAAGGUCAGGGUCAGUUGUUACGACAGGUUGGACUUAUCAGCCGACGGCGCGAGCGGCAGGCAGUUGAACCCCCCGCUGCUCCCCUUCCAGAAGAGCGCCGUGCGGCUGUCCGUGCAGCGGUCUGUGGGGGAGUACACAGAGGAGAGCGCCCCGUGUGUCUUAUCCCCCCACAGGGACAACCUGCAUCAGAUCGAGGCCGUGGACGGACCCACCGCCUUCCUUGAUAUUUUGGCACCACCUUACGACCCAGACGACGGCAGGGACUGCCACUAUUAUAAAGUUUUGCAGCAGGGUCCGGAGGGUGCAGACAGAAAGGCCGGGGGCCAGGAGCAGACAGAGUUAUGGCUCAUGGAAAUCCCGCAGCCUUCUGAUUUCUGGUGUGGUGCUGAACCUUACCCUGGGCCAAAGGUUUCUCUAUGAACAAACCUCCACCACCUCCACUGAAGGAGUACUGAAAGACCUGGCAGGUCUCUGAAAGCCUGAUCUCUGUUUGUCCUGGCACGGUAUUGUCCUGACAACAAGCUGGACUGUGGACCUGCGAACAACCACAACAUUUUUUUGACCUCUCAUGGACCCGUUGCUGUGUCUCACCAUUACAUUUGUGAUCUGGCCUGUUUGGCUAAGACUGCCUCUUUUGCCUGAUUGCUAACGUGCAUAAAUGUUGACUGUUUCAAAGUGAAACCCUCUCUUUUUUGCUCUAUUAUAUUCUCUUAUUUCAAUAUAUACAUAUUACGCAAAUAAUAGAGUUAGGCCUGUUUCUUGCGUUUCUUGUAUAUGGAGUGUGUAGUGGAACAGGCAUUUAAAUAUACUCUGUAAUAAAUUAACAAAUGUUCCUAAAGUUCCACAUCCAUGGCUUAUUUUGUCUGGUUUUAAUUAACUGGACCCUGAUUUUUUAAAAUCCUGCUUUCCUGUUUGGUCAUCUGCAUUUCAGUAUGUCAUACACACUGGCCUGAUGUUAUAUUUAUACAAAGCUACUGAAGUGAAGGAGUAAGUUUAUAUCUAGUAUGUAACUUAUCAUCUUUGCAGCUCAGCUCUCAUUUCAGUUUCACUCUGGACAUUUUUGCACAAACCUAAUGAGACUCUUUACAGCAGUGGUUCUCAUCCCAGAAGUGGAUUGCAUGCGGACAUGAAGUGGGUCAUUGGUAUGUUCUCAAUCAAAAGGUCAAAGAAGUUGCACAACUUUUGACCAUGCAUUUUUAUUUUGAACGGCAGCUGAUAUUUCCCACUUAUAAACAUAAACAGACCGCUUACAACUUGUUUAUCUGUAUUGGUAGCCUGACAGUAAACAGUGACAAAAAAGCUUACAGUCAAAUUCACCUUACAUACACACAGAGCACAAGAUGUUGGGAGAUUUUCUCUUUUUUUCAGCUUUUGGGUCAUAACCUAAAGGUAAAUGACGUCUGUGUGAAGCAAGAGCAUUUAAGAACCACUGCUAAAGAGUCGCUUACAUAACUGAAUGAUAUGAGUUUUGAUUUUUUAGGCACUUACACAGUUAAUUGCAUGACCUAAGCUUGAACUAUUUUGUAAAUUUAUUCAGUUUAGUGUUGUGUUGAGGAAUCCUAAUAAUUUGGGGUAAUUACAAAUAAUAAAUUUCUGAUUUCCUUAAA